GAUCCAGAAGAAUAUUACGUCAAGCUCGAGCGCAUCGGUAAAGGAUCGUUCGGAGAGGUUUUUAAAGGAAUCGACCGCAGAACAAAAAAGCCAGUAGCAAUUAAAAUCAUUGACUUGGAGAAUGCAGAAGAUGAGAUCGAUGACAUCCAACAAGAAAUCAAUAUUCUAUCACAACUGGAUUCACCCUAUGUGACAAGAUACUUUGCUUCAUUCCUAAAAGGCGCUAAUCUAUGGAUCAUCAUGGAGUACUGCUCCGGAGGGUCUUGUUCCGACUUGAUGAAAGCUGUAACAUUUAAAGAGGACUAUAUUGCAAUCAUCGCUCGCGAGCUACUCAAAGGCCUAGAAUACCUACAUGGCGAGGGUAAACUACAUCGAGCGGCCAAUGUCUUGUUAACCGCAGGUGGUGACGUUAAGCUGGCUGACUUUGGAGUAUCAGGCCAGCUCACAGCGACUAUGACAAAGAAGGUUACAUUCGUUGGCACACCUUUUUGGAUGGCUCCUGAAGUGAUCAAGCAAUCGGGUUAUGACAACAAGGCAGACAUUUGGUCAUUAGGCAUCACAGCCAUCGAACUUGCAAAAGGAGAGCCUCCAUAUUCGGAUAUCCAUCCCAUGAAGGUGCUCUUUUUAAUCCCCAAAAAUAACCCUCCUGUGCUCGAGGGUAACUACUCCAAGGCCUUCAAAGAUUUCGUCGCUGCUUGCUUGCAAAAAGACCCAGCCCUGCGUCCAUCAGCAAAGGAACUCUUAAAACAUAGAUUCAUUCGCAAUGCCAAAAAAUCCUCUUAUCUCACAGAGUUACUGGAAAUCCAUGAGCGUUGGGUAGCAGAGGGCGGUGUUCAUGAUAAUGAUUCAUCAGAUGACGAUGGCGACAAGUAUGUCUUUUUUUUUUUCUCUUCUAUACAAAUGUUCCCUUAG